CUUAAAUAGCUGUCUAUGUGACAUUCGCUUUGGGAUCCAAGUUCCUAUCUACUCCAUUUCUGUAUUUCUCUGCUGUAGCUUGAUCUCACUCCACCAUGGCUCCCACUAUUUCCAAAGACGAAACAAGGGCAUUGUUCGCCUCCGCUCUAUCAGAAAUGUAUCGCCGCGAGGUCCCCCAGUACGGAACUCUCCUUGAGCUCGUCUCCGAUAUCAACAACCGCAAUUCCAAUUCAAACGGCGUCAGCACUGGCGACCCCUUGCAGAAUCAACCGCGCAUAGAGGUUGAACGCCACGGCGCAAUCCGUCUAGGCAAGCCCGAGGAGCUAUCUACUAUGCGCCGCCUAUUCGCUAUUAUGGGAAUGCAUCCGGUAGGCUAUUAUGAUCUAACUGUUGCCGGUCUGCCCGUGCACGCGACAUCCUUCCGGCCGAUUUCCCACGCAAGUCUCUCAGCGAACCCAUUUCGGGUAUUUACUUCGUUGCUGCGGCUGGAUAUGGUCAGUGAAGAGGGCGGCCUGCGAUCAACUGCCCAAGAGAUUCUAUCCCAGCGCCAGAUCUUCACGCCACGAUGUUUAGCAUUACUCAACGAACUAGAAUCAGAGGAAUCCUAUCCCAGGCAGAAGGCUGAAGAGCUGCUGCAAGAAGCCCUCGAGACAUUCCGCUGGCACAAAUCCACCACUGUCGACAAGGAGACAUACCAGGCCUUACAAGCUGCACAUCCACUCGUUGCAGACGUCGUCUGCUUCCGCGGCCCCCAUAUAAACCAUCUUACACCGCGCGUGGUGGACAUAGAAGCUGCACAGAUUGAAAUGCAAAAGCGUGGACUCAAUGCAAAAGACCAUAUUGAAGGACCGCCGGUCAUGAAAUGGCCAAUUCUCCUCCGGCAAACUAGCUUCCUGGCGCUGGAAGAGCAGAUCACAUUUUCAGAUGGGACACACCAGGCUGAUGGGAAGCACAAGGCGCGAUUUGGUGAAAUCGAGCAGCGAGGAAUGGCCCUAACGCCGAAGGGUCGACGGCUGUAUGAUGAGUUAAUGGGGCGUUUUCAUCACAGCUGCAAUAAUAGUGGAAGGCAGACGGGCUCAGAUCCCAGGUCAAGCGAUGAUAUUCUCCGUGAAAUAUUCGAGGAAUUUCCAGAUGAUUUGGAAGCACUUCGUCGAGACGAAUUGGCUUACUUCCGCUACCAUGUGCAGACACCCCGAGCAAUCAGUAAUAAUAGAGACCUAAGCGCCUUGGUCAAAGCGGGCACAGUACAGGUCGAGCCCAUCACAUAUGAGGACUUCCUCCCUAUUAGUGCUGCCGGGAUCUUUUGCUCGAAUCUUGGCUCCCUGUGCGCAAACACGAAAGCUGCCAAUUCGGAUCGCACGGCCUUUGAGCGAGCAUUAGGCUGCACUGUACAGAGCGAGUUUGAGGUGUAUGAAACGAUUCAGAAGGAAAGCAUAGAGGAGUGUUGGGAAAUUCUGAAAUCCACAAGUUAGCACUAUCCAUCUAUUUAUGUAGACUCUAUCAAAUUCUGAACAGUUGCACACUGCAUUACAGCAGAUCCAGAACAUCAUAGUAAAUUGCAAGGAAGAUGGCCAUCUAUCAAAGAAGAUCAUGCAGGUCAAGACCUUGAGUGGUCUCAUUCGGUUUCCCAAAUAUGCUUGCAAAGGACGAGUCAAGACAUUCGUGAUAAUCAGAGCUAUAAGUGCGGCGAUAACUGGAGAUAUCAGUGCCAAGAAUCCAU